AUGUGUAUCUUGUUUUGGACUGUAGAAGGACACCCAAAAUAUAGAUUUGUUUUUGCAGGCAAUCGAGAUGAAUUCCUCGAUCGACCAUCCUCAAAAGCUCAUUUCUGGCCAAACCCCAAUCAGAAUGUGCUCUCUGGUACUGAUCUCCAGCAGGGUUCAACUCCUCAACACAAUGGCAGCUGGCUUGGAAUAACUCGUCAGGGAAGAUUUGCUGCGCUGACAAACUUUCGAGAGCAGAACUUCAAAGGCAAACUCUCGAGGGGUAUAUUGGUCAGAGAUUUCCUGACAGCCGACGUUGACCAGGUUUCGGCGGAUGAUUAUGUAUCGAAUCUGGAAAGACGUGCUGGGGAUUUUGGUGGGUUCAAUUUGAUUUGUGUGGACCUUGGACGAAAGGCCGACAUGGUUUAUUUCGGUAACAGAGGAGAUGCUUCAAGAACUGUUCUUGAAAAGGGUGUUAGCUAUGGCCUUUCAAACUCUACCCUCACCAGCCCAUGGCCCAAAGUAAAUCGAGGUUGUGAGAUGUUUAAUUCAAUCUUGAAUUCAUCGACAGACAAGACAGAAGAGCAAUUUAUUGAGGAUCUGUUUAAAUUAUUAAGAACUUCAAGUCCUCUCACGAAUGUUUAUGAUCUUAAUCAAGUGAUGGUUGACAUUACGGAGCGUAUCUUUGUGCCUUUAUUUCGCAACUCCGAAUUCAUGUCUUCGGCUAGCUAUGGAACACGAACCAGUACGGUAGUAUUAGUGGAUCAUCAAGGAAACACAACAUUUGUGGAGCGAGAUAUAUACAGUGCUGUGGCUAAUGAGGAGGGCAAGGUUGAGUAUGUACCCAGAAAUCCUAGCUUGGAUCAGGACCAAGUAUUUCGGUUUAAUGUCGAUGGCCUGUCUUAAACGGAGAUAAAGAAGAUAAAGACGCAGAGGACUAUAUAUUCUUUUUGUUUGUUUUCUAUACACUUUAUAAUAUCUACUCUUCAAUCCUUUG